AUGGAUGCAUACAGUGUGAUCAAUGCCGCCUCCGAAAGAUCCGAUGCGACAAGCGCACGCCAUGUUCAAACUGUCGCAGCUCUAGCAUUGCAUGCCGAUCUACCGGUGAAGGCCAGAAGCCAUCAGAGCCCCGGCGGCGGCGAGAAAAAGAUCGAUUUGAUCGAGGAACGCUUGGCAAGCAUUGAAAGAACUCUUCAACAGCUAGCAAAAAAUACAUCUCAACCACAAGGCUUCACACCACCGAACCCGCGCGAGCCUCAUUUCGCCCCUUCACCUCAGAAGUCAACCCCCUCGCAGAUGUCAUCCACUACGCCGAACCCUGGAAAGCUUAAGGGUCUUUUGUAUCUGCCGAAUCCUACUAUCGAGCAGCACGAUUCCAGUUCUGGCUUCGAGGGUAGUUCAUCUCUCACUGCCCAUGGAGCUUACGCGAGCGCGUUCCUUGAAUCUGCUGUGUCCAAAAGCUCGCCGCAGGUUUUGUCAAGCCCGAAGAUCAAUGCGGCUCUCUCGUCGUUAAAGCAGCUCGUCGGGAUCCAGAACCAGCGUCGAGAAGUGGACUUGCAGGGGGGUCAACCUCAUGCCAAUAAUGCGCGGUUGGGCGUGAGACGCGACAUUCGUGAUCUUGAGAUGCCGCCUCUAGCAGUGGUUCUAGACAUGUUGAGAAAGAUUCAAGAAACACCACCGGCCUUCUUUGGUGGCUAUGUCCCCUUUCUCGGCUUGAAAUAUUUCACUGAAAAAUGCCGUGAAGUUUAUUUCUGCAUAGACGAUUACUCUGACGCAGCAUUUGUUGUUACUAAUUUUUGUCUGUAUGGAGUUUUCUACGAGUAUGGCGUCACGGAGAAAGACGCCUCUACACAAGAAGACUACCAGAACUACAUUGAAAUGUGUCGCAACAACCUGGAGACAGCGCUUGCCAAUUUGAACAUAUUGAUGCCGGCAAACCAUGAAUCAAUCAUGGCGUUAGCUCUAGGAGUUAGUCCCCCAUUUCCGUUUCGUCAUUUUCUCAUUUUCUCUUUUCAAAUAUACUUCAUCCAGAAUCCUUACUUACAAACACAGGCUAUGCAUGCACUCGAGAUUUCCAAACCAUCGGUUGGUUGGACGCUAGCAUCAACGGCCAUGAAUCUGUGCCAGACACUGGGGUAUCAUCGCUUUACCUCGAUGGAGCAGGACUCCAUACCAGUCCAACGCCAAAAGCAGAAUCUAUUCUGGUCUGUGUACACAAUUUUGAAUAUGAUGUCUCUGCGUCUAGGACGUGCUUCGUCCAUACAGAACUACGAUAUCAGCCUACCGCCGCUUGAUGAAGAUCCAGAGAUCCCCCAGCCAUGGGGACCCGUCUGCAUGUGGUGGACUAAAUCGGCAGUUAUCCAGAGUGAGGUUUACCAAUAUUUAUACAGCCCGGAAGCACUGCAGAAACCGGAAAGUGAACGAGUCGCACAUGCGCGAAGGUUAGCCGCUGAGAUGAAGUCAAAUGUUAUGGAGCCGUUUGAGAAAUUCAUGUUGUCCGAUCUUAAAGUAUCCGAGAUGGACCUGAUGUACCUCGCAACUGACAAGAUCAGCCGGCUGGCCAUCAUGACUUUGAUCUACCGAGCCAUCCCAGCACCAACAGACUCAGGCCGUGUCUCCACCUUCAUACCCGAAUGCAUUGAGACAGCCCGGGAAGCCCUGGAAACCCAUCGCCAGUGCGUUGCUGCGCUCAAAGGGACAGACGAUUUCAUGAGGAUAUCCUACAUGCACUCAACAAAUUCUGACAAGAAAUAUAGGGGCAUCCUCCUAUCCCCAUUCGUCCCCUUUAUCGUAAUAUUCUGCAACAUAAUAACAACCUCCAACGGCAACGACCUCACCCUACUCGAAGAGUUUGUCGCCUCCCUCCAGCCGCUAAGCCCCUUCUCCCAAUCCAUCGAGCGACUGCACACCCUGUGCUCAGUCCUUGGCACCGUCGCCCGCCUUUACUUUGAAGCCAACACCCGGACCCAGACAGCUGCAGACCAGGAUCAGAAUCUCAUUGAUGUCGGUCAGGAAUUCGAUGUUUAUCUCAGUGCACUUGGACUGGCGCCUACAAACCCCCUUAACCCUUUAAACCCCCUGAAUCCUCUGAACAGCGGUACUUCCCAGAUGGUACAAUCGCAAGGAUAUUUCCAGGCGGAUAAUCCCGCUAUGAAUGUGAGUUCAGCAGAAUUGCCGCAGCAGAACAUGGGCGGCUUUUCGGCGCCAGUCGAUUCAUCUCAAGUGCAGGGACAGGAUUUGGGGACUGCUGCGCAAUUGGGGAAUUGGUUCUGGGGAAAUCAGUAUAUGAUGGGUCUUUUGGAGGAGGAUUUAUCGCAAGUCAAUCCGGGGCGGCCGUGA